AUGUCGGGUUUUCUUGGUACUUCACUUGCUGUACUUGCAGAUUCUUCCAAAGCUACUCACCUAUUUUUGUAUCCUGAAGCAAACAAGAAGUGUGUUGCAUAUGGUGAAUUUAGGUGUGGGUAUAAUAAAGAUAAGGAAGAUACCCGUAUCCUCUUUUAUGGAUUUCGAUACAUAAUUGAAAAUUAUGUCGCUAAACAAUGGACUUUACAAGACGUUGAAUUAGCUGAAGAAUUCUAUGAAACUCAUAAUUUUAAUUACACGAGUUAUCCUUUUCCAAAAGACCUAUUUCUCAAGUUUAUUGAAGAAAAUGAUGGUACUUCUUGCCAUACGCAUACGCCCGUUUAUCAAAUUACUGCUGAAAACGAAUAUGCACCGUUGGUAACAUUCAUGGAAACCUUGCUAACUAUGACUUGGUAUCCAUCUACUGUGGCAACACUUUCACGACGUGCACGUGAUAUAUUUGAACAAGCAUAUUUUGAUACUGUGGAUGAAGAAGAUUACGGUACAUUGGAAGGUCGAUUAUAUGAUUUUGGUUUCCGUGGUUGUACUUGCCUUGAACAGUCUAUAAUCGGUGGAUCUGCCCAUUUGGUCAAUUUCACCAAAUCUUCUACGAUGAGUGCUAGUUAUUACGUUCAGUAUAAACUCAAUAAUAGAAAACCUGUUGGAAAUGCCAUUCCUGCCACAGAUCAUUCAGUUAUGACUGCGCAUAAAUCUGAAAAAGAUGCUAUUUUACAUAUAAUCAGACGUUUCGGCUCCGGUAUCUAUGCAUGUGUAUUGGACUCCUUUGAUUAUGCCAAUGCGCUGAAUAAUAUUUUGCCAUCGGUCGCUGCUCAAAAACUUGAAAAAGGUGGUGUAAUG